AUGUCGUCCAAGUCCAACCCUAAUGUUGGCAAAAAGAAAAUAAGUCAGUUUUCUAUUUCGGUACUUUUUGAUCGGAAAAUUAAAUCUAGUUUCGCUUGGAAGCACUUUGGUCAAUUGAUUUUGGUAGAAGAAAACAAAAGGAGUAAAAUUUUCACUGAUCAAGUUUAUUGCAAGCAAUGUCUUACAGCCUGCCAAUCUGAAAAUGGUGAUAUAUCAUUUGAAUUGGCCAAAAUUAAAUCAUAUAGCAAAACAAUCAGCACAGGGAAUCUUAUAAGACACUUAAGAGACUGUCACAGUAUAAGGGAGGACAAAACGGAGUCAACAAGACUUAUAAACGAUUUCUUUACUCUCACCCCACGCCCUCGAGUUAGAGCUACAGUUGCUUCCAGUUCAACAGUGAACGUGCUUACUAAAAAAGAUAAAUGGAUUCUUGCAAGAGAUUUAGCACUUUGGUUUUGCACCUCACUCAUGCCAUUUGACUCAGUUUCGGAUGAAGGGAUGAUCGAUUUCUUUAAGAAAUAUAACAUAAUUGUCUCCGAUGAAGACAUACCAUCAAGAUACACUGUUGGUCGAGGUGCGCUAGAUGACGUAUAUGAAACUAUGCUUGCAACAGUGAAAACCCAAAUAUUAACAGGAACUCCACGACAUGUCUCUAUUACGUUUGAUCUGUGGACGGAUCAGUAUCGACGACUCAACUAUAUUACAUUCACGCUUCAUUUCAUAACUGCUGAUUACGAGCUCAAAAAUUUUACACUAAGUACUCAACUUGUCCAAGGAAAAAAAACUGGAGAAAAGAUUCAAGGAAUGAUAAAUACUACAGUGUCAGAAUUUGGGUUGUGUGAUAAAGAGCUGCAUACGGUAACAGACGCAGGAUCAAACGUUAAGCGUGCCAUUUUACUGUCUGAUCUUGACAGCCAUCUGUGUUUGGGACAUGGUUUACAUAACCUGGUCAUUACUGAUGGGAUUAAAACUGUUCCUUCUUUGAAAGAGAUGGUGGAAAAGGUUAAAAAUAUUGUAAAAGCCAUAAGGUACCGGUUGCCUGAAUUGGAGAAGGAAGCGGAAAAAGAGCAAGUGGAAUUUUUACAACAAAUCGAAAACGUUUCAGAAGUUCUGGAAAAUGACGAAAAUGAACCAAUUGCUGACGACGACGAUGACGUUUCACAGAAGUCGCAAAUAUUCAACGACGAGUUUGGCAAUUUAAACCAAAUGCCAAGCAUCAAAACCGCAACGCCCACCCGUUGGCAUAGUGUGCUAAGUAUGUUGGAGAGUUUGGCGCAUUGUUGCAAUAGGAACCCAGUUAAUUCUAUUCUCACCAAGAUUGGCCUGGAAGAUUUGAAACUGGUACAAACCGAAUGGAACCUGCUGGAAGACCUCAUAAGAUUUCUUCGGAAAUUUCGCGAAGCAGUUGAAGUUUUAUGUGCGCAAAAGUCUGUUUCACUCAACUUGGCUCUAGUGUUUCGCUCAGAAUUAAAAGAUAUUUUAAAUUCAAUCUCUGACGAAGAAAUCGCUGUGAUGAUAUCGUUAAAAAAUAAGAUGCUCGAGAAAUUUGACCACAGGUUUCCUUUAACAAAGAAUGUAGUAUUGGCAUCUCUUCUUGAUCCCAGAUUUUCAGGAUUAAAAGAAAUUGAUUCAUAUUUAUUGGAAAUGAACACAAACCGUGCAGCUUUUCUGGCAGAUUGCAUCAAUGAGCUCAUUAGGCCUUCUGAUCUGCCACAUUCCGAAUCUGGUGAAGCUUAUCAUGAUGUAUCAGAGCCACAAGCAAGCUCUUCUUCGACUCAAUCUUUGCUGACAAAAUUAUCGAAAAAGCACAGUAGUUGCAGCAACAUUGAUGAAUCACCAGAGUCAGAUUUCUCCCAAGAAUGUUGGAGAUAUCUAGCGUCGAUCGAUCCUAAAGAAGUAGAAUUCAUGAACGGUGAUGUUCUUGCCUAUUGGCGGGAGAAAAAAAAUGUUUUCCCAGGACUAGCUGCGCUUGCCAGGACUAUUCUUGCGAUUCCUGCAACGAGCACCCCGAGUGAACGUGUUUUUUCCAUAGCUGGAUUAGUUUUAAAUGCUAAGCGAGCACGUUUGAGCCCUACUCGCGUAAAUAAAAUUAUUUUCAUACACGAUAACUACAAUAAUUGUAAAAACACAUGA